AUGGUCGCCGACACUGAAUACUAUGAUUUGUUGGGCAUUCCGCCCAAUGCCACGGCGCUUGAAAUCAAAAAAGCCUACAGAAAAGCCGCUAUCAGGUUGCAUCCUGACAAAAAUCCAGAUGACCCCUCUGCGGCAGCUAGGUUCCAAGAGGUUGGUGAAGCUUAUCAGGUUUUGUCUAAUGACAGUUUGAGAGAGAAAUACGAUAAAUUUGGUAAACAGGAGUCGAUUCCAACAGAAGGGUUCGAAGAUCCCUCGGAGUUUUUCAAUAUGAUAUUUGGUGGCGAAGCGUUCAAGGACUGGAUAGGCGAGUUGAGCUUAUGGCUGGAGAUGACUAAGCAGGCAGAGCUUUCAGGGUUCGAGGACGAAUCGAAAGAAAGCAAAGACAACAAAGAAGACAAGAAUGAAGGUGCUAAUUUUGGGGCGGAAGGUACCACCUCUUCUGCUGCGGGUCCUCAGUCCAAGUCGUCCAAAUUAUACUUGCAGCAUGAGGAGGCUUCCGGAGAGACAAGCUUGACGGCAGAGGAAAAGGAGAAGCAGCAUAAGGAAGAGGAGGAGAAGCGCCGGAAAGCAGAACUCGAGAAGUUUGAGGAGGAGUGCUUGCAAAAGAAGAUAGAAACGAGAAACGAGCUUUCUAAGAAGCUUGUGGAUAAGCUCUCGUUGUUCACAGAGACAGACAUGGCGGACGACGUGGCGGAGUCGUUCAGACAGAAGCUUCAAUACGAGGCAGAAUCUUUGAAGAUGGAGAGCUUUGGGUUGCAAAUCUUGCACACGUUAGGCUCCAUCUACAAGACCAAGGCGAAAAUAUUCUUGAAAAAACAGACAUUUUUGGGUAGCAUAGGCGGAUUCUGGUGGUCAGUCAAAGAAAAGGGCGGCAUGGUUAGAGAUACGUUCAAGACCGUCUCUUCAGCACUCGACGCUCAGCUGACGAUGCAAGAGUAUGCACAAAUGCAAGAGGAUAACGAAUACCACGCCAAGAAGGAGGCCGAAGGAGAAGAGAAGGGCGUCAACACUGCCGAAGCACAAGAGAAAGCGCGCAAGGAGAAAGAGGCGUUAGAGGAGAAGCUUCACGACCUUCAGCAGGAGAAGAGUGAGGCCUCGAAGCUGGGAACUCAGGAAAAAGUCCCUACAAAACAUACCCCUGAGGAGAUUGCAGAAAUGGAGAAAUAUCUCACAGGAAAGGUUUUGGCCGCGGUGUGGUCUGGCUCGAAGCUCGAGAUUCAAGGAACUGCUCGUGGUGUUUGCGACAACAUUCUUUACGAUGACUCCGUACCAAUUGAAAAAAGAGUUGCUAGGGCCAAGGCUUUGCGUAUCAUUGGUGACGUUUUCAGCAAAAUGACUAGAACUGAGGUCGAAGAUGAAGAGGCUCGAAUUUUUGAAGAGUUGGUAGCCGAGGCCUCCCAAAAGAGACACAAAAAGAAAGCUCAUACUGAACCCGAGGAUUCUUCCAAGAAUUAG